AUGCGCUCGUUUCAAACUAGACGAAAGCCCUGCGCCGUCGUUAGUUCAGCAUGGGCAGCUCAAAUCUCUGCCACAGCUACUCCGACUAUUGAAGCGUCAGUAGCUCACGAAUGCCUCAAUUCCGUCCCGAUUAAUAAGGAGGGGGCUCUGCGAUACAUUGCAUCGUCGAGACCCUACAUUGAGUGGCAGUCCGACACAAUUUUCAAGAAAUUUCCCCCGGCGAGCUACUUCUACCCACCGCACGAUAUAUGGGGUGUAUUGGACAAGAUUGAGGCCGACAUUAAGGCGGACAAAUACCCCAAUGAGUAUGCUUGGCAGCAGGACUUGUAUAUCAAGCUCUUCGGCCCUGCUCACGACGGACACUUUGUGAGCUACCCCGAUGUGUUGACCAAUGCUAUCGAGUGGCAGCGUCCUUAUGCACUGGUCUCCAUCAGCGACAAGCCAGAUGGUUCGAUCCCAGAGAUCAAGAUAUACGAGGAUAUAAUCUCUUCUCCUGAUACUGCCUCGGUCGUGAAGAAGAUCAACGGCGAGGAUGCCGAGAGCUUCCUCAGCAAAUGGAUCUUCGCCGUUUCCGGUAACCAGGAUCUCGACGCCGCUUAUAACUCAUUGUUCUACGAGAAGGCAUACGAGGCUGAAGUUUCUUCCACGGGCUAUUUCCACAAUGGUGGUCGCACCAGGUAUGUGUGGCCUGGCAGCACCACGUCAUUCGAAUUCGCCAACGGAACGUCCGUAGAACUUGACAACGUGGCCCGCCUUAAGGGAAACUGGACUGGCGUUGUUGAUGGAGCUUCGUACUUUGCCAAGUUUGCCCCCGGUGCCGCGACGAAUGUCAGUCCUGCCGAGGCAACACCUACUCCCGAGCCUACUCCCGCCGCUGCCGCCGUGACCGGUGUACCUGGAUACCCCGAACCAGUGAUCGUUUCGAGCGAUGGAAUCAUCUCCGGCUACUACCUCGAUGGUGACCAAGACGAUACUGCAGUCAUUGUAGCCCUUUCGUUUUCUCCAGACGAUCCCGUUGAGUUCCAGAAGGUUGCAGAGGACUUUUUUGCGAAAGCUAAGAAGGAUGGAAAGAAAAAUCUCGUCGUGGAUGUCUCUGCUAACGGCGGUGGUUACAUUUUCUCGGGAUAUGAUCUCUUCCGCCAGCUAUUCCCCGAUAUUGUACAGGAGGGUCUGGGUCGUUGGAGGGAGAACCCAGGCUUCAAUGCCGUCUCGGAAGUCUACUCGGCUAACUCGGCCGAUUUCGAUGCGGAUACUGCUUCGGGGGACAUUAUCUACCAAUAUGAGUCUGUAUUCAACUGGAGGUACGACCUCGACGAAAACAACAAGCACUUCACCUCUUUCGAGGACAAGUUUGCUCCGCAGGAAUUCCUCGGCGACGAGUUCACGGACGUCAUGCAAUGGGACUUCAACGACCCCUUGAAUACCAUCAACGCUACCUAUGGAUUUGGCACGGAUAUUACGGGGUACCGCAGCCGUGCCAACUUCACACGACCCUUUGCCGGCCCCGAAAACAUUGUUGUUUUGCUCGACGGUUACUGCGCGUCCACUUGCACGCUGUUCUCACAGUUCAUGGUCCACGACGCCGGUGUUAAGACCAUCGCGCUAGGUGGACGACCGUCGAAAGAGGGUUUGAUUCAGGGUGUUGGUGGUGUCAAAGGCUCGCAGAGCUACGGAUAUGCCGAUGUCCUAGCUAACGUGCAGGAGGCUCUCGCGUUUACCAACGACUCUGAAAUCAUCAAGACGCUAAGCGCCUACGACACGUACGUGUUGGAACGCAACCAAGUAUCCAGCUUGAACGUCAAGGACGAGAUCCUCCGGGACCAUCUUGAGGAUGGCACUCCUUCGCAAUUUGUGGCCGAAUACUCCGACUGCCGACUGUGGUGGACCGAGGCUAUGGUUAAGGACGUCUCCGAGGUCUGGAAGGCCGCUGCUGCGUCUGCAUUCCAGGGUGGAAAGUGCGCUUACGGUGGCAUUGAGAAGCCCGUGCCAUCCUACCCGUCUCACUCAUACCCAUCCAAGUGCAAGAGGACUACACCUCGCCCUCGUCCAUUCGAUCGAUCGCGCUUCACUCUGAAGGGACCGCUCCCGAUCCCGUCUACCAAGCGUACCACAAUGGCUAAGCGCAGCCUGAGCAGCAAGAUGCAGUCCAUGACUCUAGCUAACCAGUACAUGAAGGUCAUUGACUAA